AUGCUGUGCAGAUGCAGAGUCAGCUACGCUUUCUGUGACCUCCGUGCACCUAUCUCUUUCCUUUGCCCAAACAAGCCGACAAAGGACCGACACAAGACGGUGUCUUACACGGAGUUCAACGAGGACUACGAGGAGAAGGACCUUCGCGCCAGCACCCUGCUAGACCAGCUUCAUCUUGAGCGCCCGGCGCACUACUUCGCCAUCGACAAGUGCAGCCAUGGCCACCUGGUGGUUAUGCAGAUUGAGGUGAUCUGGAUGAGCUACCGGAAGUACUCUUGGGUAGCUGCAGGCCUUGAGCUGAUGAAGGACAACCCCGGUCUGGUGCUGGUGCAGCCGGCCUACCCCGGCAUAGAGUACCGACGCUUCCGAGACAAGCCGACCACCAGGGAGAUUCAGAAGAAGCACAAAACACUCGUCAACCCCAGAAUCGAGGCAGAGGACACGACCUGCCGACAUCCGUUUAGCAAACCUGGCUGGGUGAGUCUGGUGAAUCUGCAGCGCUACCACAGCGUGGGGCGGCGCCAGAAGUAUCGCGAGUAUCGGUGUGGUGGCCAGCUGGUCAAGGGCAAGAAGUGUAAGGACUACGACUUCCUUCGAGGCUGCGGCGGCAUGCGACUCUGGGAAAAUGCCCUGGAGUGCGUGAUCUGCAACCGUCCCUCCUUGCGCCAGGCCCAGCUGACAGACUCGGACCGUGUCUGGGUACAGAAGGCACCCAUCACUUGCUUCCGCUCGGAUGUCGGGGACAUGAUCGAUGGGAUCAACCUGGUGGAGAAUGGCACGGUAUUUCCAGUAACUGGCAUGGAUUUCACCCUGAAGAUGGAGGAAGACGAAGACUCCGACACGUAG